UUAACAUUCAAACCAUUCUCUAACUGAGCAUUGAUAAGGAUUUUAAUCGAAAAUAAGCUGACUUUGACUAGGACAAUAUUAUUUUAAGAAAAUUGUGUAAGAAAACAUUGAUAAAUAAAACAGGUUUAAAUCAUAAUUUAAUUUCAUACACGACUUUCAACUAUUAUACGCAUACUAUAUAGCGGAGCAAUGAUAGGAUACACAACAGCGCUGUAUGCUUUGGCUGCCGCAACUUUGGUUAGUGCUGACCUUGGAGUUCUUAGCCCAGAAGAACGAUGUAACAUGGUCGGUGGCGUGUUUCCGCACCCUACGGAAUGUCAAGCCUUUUACAACUGCAGUGUCCGUUACACACAUGGGAUUCCUCGUUUCUUCGAGCAACACCUUGUUGAAUGUCCCUACCCCAAGCUGUUCAACACCGAGACAAAUCAGUGUGACUUAUUUGAGAAUGUCAAAUGUGGAACCAGGACAGAGAUCAAGGAUGGAUGCCAAUACAGAUACAACCAGUGUCCCGUUGCUCACUGUAGACCCUGCAGUGUCGACCUUCCAAGUUGUAUAGGCAAACGUGACGGAAUUAACGUUCACCCAGUCAAACUUUGGAGUCCAUUCUACGCCGUAUGCUACAAAGAACGCACGAUCAAAGAGGAGCGAUGCCAAGCUGACGAAAAUGGCCGAACACAGUUGUUCCAUCCGGAAAGGAACGAAUGCGUUUCAUUAUAUAUGAUUCCUCGAGAACACGGGGGAAUGUUGCCCGAGUGCGGUACAAAAAAGGACGGGUUCUAUCGGGAUGAGUUUGGGCGAUGUGAUCGAUAUGUGCGUUGCCAGGGAGGAAAAUAUAUUGGCACGGUGAAAUGUGCGGUUGAAGAGGUGUUCGAUGACACAAAGGGCGGCUGCGUUCUGCAAGAGAAAGCAUGCAGACCCUGCGGAAGACUUGACCUUUGCUGAGAAAACUAUUUACACAAAAGAAAAAAAAAAGAAAACUUGGCGAACCGAUUAAUCCAAGAUGGAUAAGACAUGUUAAAUACAUCAAAGUGUUGCUCUGAGUUGACCUCGUUGUGUUCGGUACACAUCCUUGCAAGUUUACUUUUAUAAAAUAAACAAGGGAUGCGCAACAGGAAAUAUUUUGAAUUAAACUAUAAGUACAUUUGGUGUACAACAUAUUUAUGUGCACUACAUACAUUCAUAUUAACAUAAAUACAUUAUUUAUUUAGAAAAUUUGUCUGAAUGUGGAAUUGAUUGAGCGAACUGUUCGAAUGGCGAAUAAGUAAGAAGACUUGCGCCCAAACCAAGCGCAUUGCUGCAAUACAAUGUACAUGCGUGAUUCCAAGUGCCUGCUACUAUCAGUAUAACACGAUAUUGACAUAUUAGGAUCUAAUAAAUGAAAAUAAAAGUCACUAUUAUUUUCAAAUCCGAUAACUUUAUUGACGCUUUACUUACUUUGUUUGCCUCGAAUAAUAAUGCAUGUUUAGUAGCCAAUAUUUUGACCCUGACUAAAUGCACAAUGUCAAAGCCAAACAUACACCCAAGCAAGAGAUAAAUAGCGUGCAGAUCAACACAGACUUACCACACAAACAUCUCAAAAUAUUUAUUAAGAAAUGUUGGAGUGACAUGGUUCUGUGUCGUAUAAUGUCAGCUCCCCUUGAUAAUUGUGCAUUUAAAGACAUUUGUUGCAUUAUCCGUGUGGUGUUGUGGUGGUGUGUCGUUUGAGGUUCGGUUCGGCCAUUAAACACGCUUGUUAGUUAUUUUUGUAUCUGCAGGACCCGUCCUAGCAAUAUUUGUACUGGCCAUAUCCGUAUGGAUAUUGGUGCCGAAUAAAACGUUAAAAUAGUUUAUUUUUUAAACAAUUGCUUAUAUGUUUGUCCAUUAUAUGAAUAAACGUAUUUUCAAGGUAUACUUAAAAUUCAUUGAUAUAUCUAGCAUAAUAUAACCCAACACUAAUACUUGGCUUGGCAGGGUAAAACAUCGAUUAUUUGUUGUCAUAAUAUACCGCAAUAGAUGAUACUUUGUUUUAUAUAAUUUACAAAUUGAUUACUUGUACUUGUAUUAACAAACAAAGAAACAGGAUACACCGCGUUCUUUAAAGAUACAAAAUCAUUUACAGUAAUUAAUUUUUAAAGUCACAACAAUUUUUUUAAUGAAACGUGAUUGUAAAUAAUACUCUGAAUAUUAGGCAUUGAUAAUGUAUUUACAUUAAUUUUCUCGACUCUGAAUGUUUAAAGAUGCACUCUUACUCCCAGAUAAGAUUUACCACAAUUAAUAAUAUAUUUUUGAUAUUCCAACAAGGAUGAAUAAAUGUCGAAAACAAUGGUUCUUAUGAAGGAUAUCGAGGUUAAUUUAAAAAAAAAAAUGUGCAGAAAACACGGUAUAUAUUUGCACAUUCUGCUAUUAAAUACACGGUUGCAAUCUUGUUAUCAGUAAUUAAUAUUUUCCAUAAAUGCAUUAUUUAGUUAAAGGUAGUUAACGGUUUAUCAGUUAAAAUCUAUGUUUGUUAUACAUGUGUAUGUAUUGAUUUUGAAUAAGAGUGCCACUUUUAGCUCAUCAAUGAUAAAACUUGUUUAACCUUGAAUUAUGAUGCAUGAGUUAUAUCUGCACUUUUAAGAAGAAAUGAAUGCACGUUGGGAACGUGGUAACACGACCAAAAUCCCGGUACAAUAUAAUUUCCAAAGUGUCUUUUAUCACUCAACAAACUAAUUAAUAUGAAUAUUUCAGACAAUAAGAUGCAGUCACGAACAUCUCGUGAAAUAAGAAAACAUACCAUGUUUUUUUAAAAAGGAUUUAUGUACAUAAAUCAUGUUUUAUGGCUUAUGUUAUAAGCAUGAGUAAUUCAUGUGAAACAAACAAUGUGUGCAUAUCAUUUCCUU